CAGGCCAGUGGGCCUGCUGGGGUGGGAGCCCUGUGGAUACCUGGGCUGACAAGGGGCUGCUAAGGGUGACCCAGCAGGUACUGGUGGCUCACCUGCCCUCCUGGCUGGCGAUCCCUCCUGCUGUCUCACCACCAUCUGUCCUGCUGCUGUGCUGCCAGGUGGAGGUGAGGAGCCAUGUUCCUGAGCCCUGGUGAGGGGUCUGUGGCUGAGGGUGGGGGGCCAGCACCCUGCGAGGAGGCGCCCAAGAAGAAGCACCGGAGGAACCGCACCACCUUCACCACGUAUCAGUUGCACCAGCUGGAGCGGGCGUUCGAGGCCUCCCACUACCCGGACAUUUACAGCCGCGAGGAGCUGGCAGCCAAGGUGCACCUACCAGAGGUGCGGGUGCAGGUGUGGUUCCAGAACCGUCGGGCCAAGUGGCGGCGCCAGGAGCGUCUGGAGUCCGGCUCUGGGGCUGUGGCAGCCUCGAGGCUCCCUGAGGCCGCAACGUUGCCAUUUGCCCACCCUCCAACCAUUCCACUGCCCCUGGAGCCCUGGCUGGGCCCCGGGCCACCCACCAGGCCAGGUCUCACUCACAUCCUGGGCCCAGCCCCAGGGCUGCAGGCAUCCUUUGGGCCUCAUGCCUUUGGUCCAGCCUUCAUGGAAGGCUUCACUCUGGAGGAAGCAUCCUUUCGGCUUCUGGCCAAGGAGCACGCACAGGCUCUGGACAGGGCCUGGCCACCGGCUUGAGCCUGGUGCCCAUCCAGCCCUCCCUCUUCGGCCUGUCCAGAGGGCCUGGGAUGACAGAUCUAGGCCAAGAUGGAAUAGCCCAACCAGCAGGCCAGACCAUCAAUGAGGAAAGAGAUUGCCUAUCCCUACCCUCCCUGUCCGUGGCCACCCAUGCCAGGUCCCCACCCCAUCUCACCCUGCCUUGCAGGGAAACUAGGGCCCAGUCUUGGGAAGGAGGUGGCCAUAGGAUUCCCAGGCCAGUUGGGUGGGGUUCUAGGUGGCCUGGAGGGAGUCUCUG